UCGAGAUACUGCGUAACCAUGCAUAAAUUUACUUUUCGUUUUCCGUCAAGAUUCCAAAAAUAUUUCAAUGGUCCUAAAAAACUGAUGUUUGUUACAAAUGUCCCGAAGAAGGUGUUUAAAUUUAAACCAAUUUGGGCGACAUGUGGCCUUUUUAGUGCAUAUUUCGGCUUUUUAUUCCUUACGGACACAGAAGAUACACCGGAAUACUAUCCGCGUUAUUUCAGCGCAACUAUCCUACGAUAUUUUCCGUUGAAUGGUCUAUCUAAAGCUUGGGGUCGAAUUGCUCAAUGUUAUAUUCCAGAACCAUUAAGACCUAUUGUCUAUCAUUCAUAUGCUAAAUUUUUCCAGUGUGAUUUAAGUGAAGUGGAAAAUCCUAAUUUAACAAGUUAUUCAUGUUUAUCAGAAUUUUUUAUACGCAAAAUUUCUGCAGAGAAAAGACCUAUACACCAAACAGCAACCUUAGUUAGUCCUGUCGACGGUAAAAUACUCCACUGUGGUGUAAUUGAUCCCCGUAGACCAGUGCUAGAACAAAUCAAAGGUGUCCAUUAUUCACUUGAUGAAUUUCUUGGCCCAAUCGUCCAGUUGAAUCAUUCUAACCCGCAAAAGACAGAUAGUACACUUUACCAAUGUGUUAUUUAUCUGGCUCCGGGUGAUUAUCAUCGUUUUCAUAGUCCUGUUGAUUGGAUGCCUACAGUUAGACGACAUUUUCCAGGUAGAUUGCUUUCAGUUCGUCCUAAUCUAGCUGGACGCUUGCCCGGCUUAUAUGCAAUCAAUGAACGUGUAGUUUAUCUCGGUGAAUGGAAUCACGGUUUAAUGUCAUUCACAGCUGUUGGUGCAUUCGGUGUUGGAAAUAUUCGUGUCAACAUCGAUCCUACAUUGAGUACAAAUAAAAAGCAGGAUAAUCCACUGCGUUAUCGUUUUACAAAUCUUGUGAGAAGAACAAUUAACCAAGAAUAUAAUCCACCAUAUUUAGAGGCAAUAUUUACAAAUAAUAAUAAUGAUAACAAUGAUAAUAAUAAUAGUAAUAGUGUGAAAUUGAAUAAAGGCGAUGAGCUAGGUCAUUUCUGUUUAGGUUCUACAGUUGUCUUAAUAUUUGAAGCGCCUAAAAAUCAAUUGAAAUGGUGUGUCACACCUGGUCAACGAAUUAAACUUGGCGAACCAAUCAUUAUGGAUUGUUAA